AUGUCGCUUGAAAUUGGCCUUGCCACCUUUUGGGGAGCUCCUGGACGAACCACGACGGCUGACGGACACAGGCGUUCAGCAUCGGGACCGUAUCAUUGUGGAAGAAGUGGACGAGCGAAAGCGUGCUGCCGUGGACACAUGCGAACGGAGGCCGAUGUGCAGUACGAUGUAGACAUGGACAGCAGCGACGAUGAAAGUGCGGCUCCAGCAAAGAAGCGAUCCAAACAUGCGUCUGCUGGUCAGUCCUCUGCCGUCGAAGCGCCCAUCAAAAUUCUGGCCACAGUCCAGGAUUUGGAACGACGCAAGACACACAAAAAAAGCGAUUGGAGCUGGACUCAGACAAAGACCCUGCGAGAAAUGAUUCUCGGGGAUCGCCAUGCCCAUUCAAUGGAUUGCCAUGUCCAAUUUUGCGAUUGA